AUGGAUUCCCGAGCCGUUACCGACAAGAUUCUGGAAGCAACUGCAGCUGGCAUGCUCGUUGUCCUUGCGGGAGGGAACUACUUUCUAAAUCUUGACAUAAUCCCAUACUUCCCUUGUUCCCUCGGCCGUUCACCCACUGAUGGAGUGUUGUGUGUGGCUGCAACGUAUGAUACCAAGAUGCAACUUACGGAUGAAAGCGAUUUCGGUUCAGCUGUUGAUAUCGCCGCUCCAGGUUACAAAAUAGGUACAACUUUUCUUGAAGGGCCUGAAGGGAUGUAUGGCGUUGUGUCGGGCACUUCGGCUGCCGCCGCUAUCGUAGCAGGUAUAGCUGGGAUGCUCUACAGCCUUGAACCUUCUCUGAAGGCUGAGCUGACCCCUGCUUACAUCAAAAGUAUCAUCAUGGACACGGCCACCGCAGGUGUCAAGGACAGUGGAGGGAAAAGGACUCUGUCAUUCGGCCGCGUGAAUGCUGCGGCGGCUGUCAAUAAGAUACUAGGAAGAAAGAAGGUUUAA